UCUUGUCGCGAGAUUUCGGGCGCCUCUGCCGCUCCCUGGGCCGCCGCCUUAACCUGGGACGCAAACCUAGCCUUUCCCCUAGCCGGUCACCCACCCCGGCUUCACCGAGGCCCCGCUCCCCCAUCUCCGCCUCGCCGCCGCCAUGGCGGACCCUAAAUACGCCGACCUUCCCGGCAUUGCCAGGAAUGAGCCGGAUGUUUAUGAAACCAGCGACCUCCCUGAGGAUGACCAAGCCGAGUUUGAUGCGGAGGAACUGACAAGCACAAGUGUGGAACACAUCAUCGUUAAUCCCAAUGCUGCCUAUGACAAGUUCAAGGACAAGAGAGUGGGGACGAAGGGGCUCGAUUUCUCAGAUCGUAUUGGGAAAACCAAGAGGACAGGCUAUGAGUCUGGAGAAUAUGAGAUGCUUGGAGAAGGCCUGGGAGUGAAGGAGACACCCCAGCAGAAGUAUCAGCGGCUCCUGCAUGAGGUCCAGGAGCUGACAGCGGAAGUGGAGAAGAUCAAGACCACAGUGAAGGAGUCAGCCACAGAGGAGAAGCUGACCCCCGUGGUCCUGGCCAAACAGCUGGCAGCCCUGAAACAGCAGCUGGUUGCCUCCCACCUGGAGAAGCUGCUGGGACCAGACGCUGCAAUCAACCUUACUGACCCUGAUGGAGCCCUGGCAAAGCGCCUGCUGCUGCAGCUGGAGGCCACUAAGAACAGCAAAGGGAGCUCGGGAUGCAAGGGGGCUGGCAGCACCUCCACAGACAGCAGCCUUGUCACCUACGAACUCCAUUCUCGGCCUGAGCAGGACAAGUUCUCUCAAGCCGCAAAAGUUGCAGAACUUGAGAGGCGCCUGACUGAGCUGGAGGCCACUGUUCGCUGUGACCAGGAUGCCCAGAACCCCCUUUCUGCAGGUCUGCAGGGAACCUGUCUGAUGGAGACUGUAGAGCUGCUACAGGCCAAGGUGAACGCCCUGGAUCUUGCGGUUUUGGACCAAGUAGAAGCUCGACUACAGAGUGUCCUGGGGAAAGUGAAUGAGAUCGCCAAGCAUAAAGCCUCUGUAGAGGAUGCGGACACACAGAGCAAGGUGCACCAGCUGUAUGAAACCAUCCAGCGCUGGAGCCCCAUCGCCUCAACCCUCCCGGAACUAGUGCAGAGGCUCAUCAGCAUCAAGCAGCUGCACGAGCAAGCCAUGCAGUUUGGUCAGCUUCUGACACACUUGGAUACCACUCAGCAGAUGAUUGCCAGUUCUCUCAAAGACAAUACCACCCUCCUGACCCAGGUGCAGACAACCAUGCGUGAGAACUUGGCCACAGUUGAGGGCAACUUUGCCAGCAUUGACGAACGGAUGAAGAAGCUGGGGAAGUGAGCACCCUGGGCAGAUGGAGAACGGAAAUCCCAGCCCCUCUGAACUGUUAACACCUCCCAUGGAUUUCCCUCUCACCUCAACUCUCGCAACCCCUUUCUGUUUGACACUGGGAGCGAGGGCUCUUGCAUGUGGGGUCUACACACUUCCCCUAAUGAAUAGAGUGGUAGCUGGGGGAGGGGGUAUUCAAUGGUGGUCUCCCCAUGGGCCCAGAGGAUUAAGGACACAGGCCUAGCCCCACACCAGCUCCUGUUCAGUACUACUUGGCCUGAUGUGGGGAUCGCAGGACUCCUGUCUUCCAGCAGUUUCUGUGGCUGACUGUAAUCCUGUACAUCAGAUUCCGACCAUUAAAUGCUAUUGUACUCUG